ACACCACACCACACCACACCACACCACACGCUCCAAACAUGCUUGCCGCCACCAUGCGGGCUGCCUCGGCCGCCACCACUUCCGCCGCUACCGCCACCGCCGCCACCGCCGCCACCGCCUCCGCCCGGUGGGCCCACACCCUCGUCCUCCUCCGGCACGGCCAGUCGCAGUGGAACCUGGAGAACAGGUUCACUGGCUGGGUCGACGUUGCCCUCACCGACGACGGGCGCAAGGAGGCCGCCACCGCAGGCGCAGCUAUGGCUGCCGCAGGCCUCGAGUUUGAUGCCGCCUACACCUCGGUCCUCAAGCGGGCCAUCUCCACCCUCAACAUCGCCCUCGAGGUCAUGGGCUCCGAGUGGCUCCCGGUCUCCCGCUCGUGGCGCCUCAACGAGCGCCACUACGGCGCGCUGUCGGGCCUCAACAAGGCCGAGACCGCCGACAAGUUCGGCGAGGACCAGGUCCUUGUCUGGCGCCGCUCGUACGAUGUCCCGCCGCCGCUGCUCGACACAGACUCGCCGUACUGGCCUGGCCACGACCGCCGCUACGCUGGCCUCGACAGCGACAUCCUACCGCGUGGCGAGUGUCUCAAGGACACUGUCGAGCGCAUCAUGCCGUUGUGGGAGGGUGAGAUGGGCCCGGCUAUCGCCGCCGGCCAGCGCCUCGUCGUCGCUGCACACGGCAACUCCAUUCGCGCUCUCGUCAAGCACCUCGACAACAUCGACGACAACGACAUCCUCGGUAUCAACAUUCCCACGGGCGUCCCGCUCGUCUACACUCUCGACGACUCGCUCCGCCCCAUCCGCCAAGAAAACUCGGCUGGUCUCCUCUCUGGCGUCUACCUCGGCGACCCCGACGAGGUCGCCGCCGCCGCCGAGGCCGUCCGCAACCAGUCCGCCGCCACCGCCCACUAGCCCCACGCCCCAUCCCACACACCCACACACAACAGCAAACACAUGCUCAUGCCCG